UCUGGACGCCGGCGUGGGAGGAGGACGGGAACGGGGGCGGGAAGUGCCCGGAAGGAGCGAGACAGGGAGGGACAGGGCUGAGGAGAGGAAGGCGAUGCGACGGACAGGCGCACCCACUCAGGCUGACUCUCGGGGUCGAGGUCGGGCCAGGGGCGGCUGCCCUGGGGGCGAGGCGACGCCGUCUCUUCCUCCACCUCGCGGCGGAACCCGAGGACAGGAGCCUCAGAUGAAAGAAACUAUCAUGAACCAGGAGAAACUCGCCAAACUGCAGGCACAAGUGCGCAUUGGUGGGAAAGGAACGGCUCGCAGAAAGAAGAAGGUGGUUCAUAGAACAGCCACAGCAGACGACAAAAAACUUCAGUUCUCUUUAAAGAAGUUAGGGGUAAACAAUAUCUCUGGUAUUGAAGAGGUGAAUAUGUUCACAAACCAAGGAACAGUGAUCCACUUUAACAACCCUAAAGUUCAGGCAUCUCUGGCAGCAAACACUUUCACCAUUACAGGCCAUGCUGAGACAAAGCAGCUGACAGAAAUGCUACCCAGCAUCUUAAACCAGCUUGGCGCAGACAGUCUGACCAGUUUAAGGAGACUGGCUGAAGCUCUGCCCAAACAAUCUGUGGAUGGAAAAGCACCACUUGCUACUGGAGAGGAUGAUGAUGAUGAAGUUCCAGAUCUUGUGGAGAAUUUUGAUGAGGCUUCCAAGAAUGAAGCAAACUGAAUUGAGUCAACUUCUGAAGAAGAUAAAUCUUGAAGAAGUUACUGGGAGCUGCUAUUUUAUAUUAUGACUGCUUUUUAAAAUUUUGUUUAUGGAUCUGAUAAAAUCUAGAUCUCUAAUAUUUUUAAGCCCAAGCCCCUGGACACUGCAGCUCUUUUCAGUUUUUGCUUAUAUACAAUUCAUUCUUUGCAGCUAAUUAAGCUGAGGAAGCCUGGGAAUAAAGUUUGAAACAAAGAUUAAUAAAGUUCUUUGCUUAGUA